AAAAACAUUAAAAAGUAUUAAAAAGUUUACAAAAAAAAAAAAAUAUUUAAAAGUGAUCUGUGAAAAACUACAUUAAAAAUGUUACCAGAGCGAAAUAUUUUUUGGAUGUUUUUAAUUUUCUUUGGUAUCUGUCAGCAUGCAUAUUCCGCGACGUUGAGGUGCUAUAAAGGAUCUCUGAACAACUACAUAGUAACCCAGCUAGACAACCCUCUACCGCUGGCCAAGUCUCCGUGCAUAGACCGGAGUCUACCAACUGUCUUCUACACGUUCGGAUACCGCGGCCGCGCCGGCGGGCCCGCCACUACCGCAGUUAUAUCCGCCUACCUAGCCAGGAAGAAGAGGAAUGUAAUUCUGGUGGAUUGGGAGGCAGAAGCCAAGAGUGGUGUGCUCGGUAUACCGCUGGGUUACGUGUUGUAUGCAGUUCCUAAUGCUAAAAAGGUCGGCGAUGAAAUGGGCAGAGCUCUUGUCCAGUUGGCGAGAGCUGGCCUCAACAUGACGCAUGUUCAUCUGCUGGGCCACUCCCUCGGGGCCCACCUGAUGGGCUACGCUGGGAGGAAGGCCAGGGAGAAUGGGUUUAUUGUCCCUAGGAUCACAGGACUAGAUCCAGCACGAGCCCUCUUCGAAGGCACGUUAGCCGUCCACAGCGGCUUGGACCGCACGUGCGCCAAGUUUGUGGAUGUGAUCCACAGUGACCCCGGUGGCUACGGCACCAGUCAGCCUGGAGGAUCGGUGGACAUCUGGCCCAACUACGCUGGCAGCGGGGUCGCUCAGCCUGGGUGUCCUGAGGGCAGCUUUGAGAUGUUCAGUCCCCAAGACCUGUGCAGUCACGACCGGGCAUGGCGGUACUUCGUGGAGUCGCUGUCCUCCCCAACCGCGCUGAUGGCGGUCAGUGCUGCGUCUUACGAGAGCUGGGCGGCGAAAGAAGUCAACAUCAACAACACUAUCUUCAUCGGAGACUUGACUAGCACCAGGGCACGCGGCAAUUACUUCCUAUCGACGGAACCCAAAGCACCCUUCGGCAAGGGUCAAGAAGGCAUGUUGGCUGACUCCAACCAGACCAGGAAGCGAAGGAACCCUUCCCUCGCGACUAUACUGAGGUACCUCAGGUGAUACCUACUGAGGGUAGUCGGGGAAACCAGAAGGACGCUAUACAGUGUUGCCAGUGUAAUUAUUUAUAAAUAGUGCGGUAGAAUACUUAGUUUUAUUUUUCCGACUGAUUUUGUUUCAAGUUUUUUAAUUCGAAUAAAGUACUAGG